UCAUUCGGGAGUCAAAGCGGAAGCAACUCUGCUCAAUCUUUCCUUUACCCGUGUCCCUCUCCAAAUUCCUCACUCCAGCUGUCGAUUUCCAAAUACCAACCCUCCCCUUACCUAAUUUCGUCUCCCAGUUGCCCAUUUCAUUUCCAUGUCGCGUGAUCGAGAGGGGUUUUGGGGCUUCAGUCGUCGCAAUGGCGGCAGAUUCGACGAGCAUGGCUGGCUGGAAUCAGAAGAGAUGGACGAUCAGAUCAUCGACCUCACGGAAGAAGACGGCUUGCCAUACUUUGACGAUGAGAGCAUGGCCGACGACUUCGAUGAGCCGGAGAUAGUCCAUCCUUCAUUCUCGGAAUAUGAGCAUGCAGACAAGGAGUUUGGUAACUGGCACGCUGAUGGAUGUCCGCAAUCCGGCUUCCGUGGAGGGGGUUCUACAAGAAGCCACAGAUACCGAGAGCGAGAGAACUUCGGGCGAUCUUUCGGUUUCCAGUACGAACGACCCGAAGACUGGCCUGCUCCCCGCGCGCUGAACCCGAGCAUCGUUUUCGAGCUCCUCGAACAGGUGCGCGACCUCCGCAUGCGACAGAACGACCGUCCCGAUCCCAUCCCCCGCCGAACAACGACCAUCUCCGUCGAAGAAAUGCCCGACGACACGGAGCCGGGGACAAGCCCGCCCGGCCACCGACCGCCGGAGAUCGAAGAGAACCACGACCGCCCGCCAUCCUACGACGCCCACGGUCCAAACAAAAUCACCACGCUGCCCAACUCGCCGAUGCGGAGUGACUCGACCAUCCGACCCAGCUGCCCCAGCAACCGGUCACUCAGCCCCGCCCCACCUUGCGCCAGCCGACGCGACAGGCAUCGAUACCCGGACGAACGACACCGCUACCGGUCUCGAUCGCCGCACGGACGACGGAGGGUGAAGCGGGAGGUGGUCGAGGAGGAGUUGCGGCGGAUCAAAGAGGAUGUGGUGCAGCUCAGGGUGCAGGCGACGUCGCUAGGGGGGGAGGUGAGGUGUCUGAGGAAGGAGUUGACGGAGACUGGGAAGGCGGUGGAAGAGACGAGAAGGUUGUUGAGGAAGGGUCAGGGGAGUUCGUGGGGGCCGGGGUGUUUUAGUUGAGGCAGGGAGUCCACUGAACGACUGUGCUGGAAGUCACUGGAAGAUCAUCUCUCCAUUGUCUUGCCGAUGGUCUGGGGGAUCAGAACUUGAAGACUUCGAGAAACUGCUGUCAAGGUGAAUGAGCAAAUCGUACCCAUGCAUGCUAUUACCAUGAUCAUAGGAUACACUAAGUAUAUCCAAAACUGCCGUUGCAAACUCCGCUCAGUCCUUCCCAUUGGCCUUCCCAUCCCAUCCGUUCCUCACUGUGUCCUCUUUCUGCACCACUGACAUCGGCAAAUUUCGGCCGAUCCCAAAGAGCACGAAUAGAGCCCACUUCCACCGGAAAGGAUUGAUGACUAUGACGAAGCAGAACCAAUAGAUUAGUUCGCUGUAAGUGAAGAAGUCGAACGCCCCGCUGUG